CUGUAUUUGAAUAACACAAAAAAUGCCAAUUUAUUACUGACUAAAAAAAUAGUUAUCCAAAUUUCGGCAUUUUUUUAAAAACCAGUUUGUUGAUUUUAAUUACAUUGUGCUAUUUUAUUUGAGACUAGCAUUAUUUGUGGAUGGAUCACUGUUUUUUGCAAUGACUGUACUGUAACCAUAGAUGAACUAACAAAUGUCAAAUUUUGAGUGCACUAGAAAUGAAAAUGACGACAAUGAGGCUUACAAGGGGCAUUGUUUCGGAAGAGAAUUUCCAAAAAAUUUGUAAAUUCUGCUUAGAAGAAAAAAGUUUCAUUUUGGCCCUCAAUUCUAUCAUAGAAUUCAAAGACAUAGACCUUUCUCCUAUCAGUAUUGCUGAUAUUUUAUCACGAGUAACUUCACAGGACGUAAAUGCGAGUUUUGAUCCUCUAAUCAUCUGCCACGACUGUCUCAACGAGUUGAAAGUCGCUUAUCUCUUUAUUCUCAAGUAUGAAGAGGCCUACAAGUUGUUAGAAGACUUUGUUUCCAGUUACGUGAAGAAAGAAGACGCUGAAAGUGAUAUUGAAAUUGACAAUAGAUCAGAUAGUGAGACUGAAAUUCAUUACGAAACGCGAAAUGUUGCUAAAAGACGCACGAAUUCGAAAAAACGUGGCCGGAAGAAAAAAGUAGUUUCAAGUGAAAGCGAAAAUUGUGAAACAUCAAAAAUAUUACAUUCUUGCCCUAUUUGUACUAAAGAUUUCACCGCUUUGGAGCUACGCGACCAUGCACAUACCCACAAAGGGUUGAAAAAAUACCUCAGUAUCCCGCCUGACAAAAAAGUGACUCCUACAACAAAAUUUUCGACAAGGCGGCAUCUUGAUAGCCCCCGCGAGACUAUUUUUAAACGUCCUGAGAGGAUCCACAAGUGUCCCUACUGUAAUGAGGAAUUUCCAGUGCAAGAAUUUCGCGUCCAUAUUGACAUCCAUAGAAAACAAAGCGAGUUCAAAUGCGAUAAGUGCGAACGCGUUUUCAAAAGACUGAACCAUUUGAACACUCAUAGGGUGAAACAUUUGAAAGAGUACCCCUUCAAGUGUGACCAAUGCGGUAAAGGGUUUGUCAUCAAAAAAAACUACGAGUGUCACAUCUUGACCCACACUAACGACGAGUUGCCCCACGAGUGUCGCUACUGUCUUAAAAGAUUCUCAAAUCCGGAACAUUUAAACCGCCACCAAAUUAUCCACACUGAAAAUGUCACAUAUUCGGUGAAAUACCGCGUCUGCAAGUGCCACCACUGUCUCAGAACGUUCAAAGAUAAAGACGAAUUGAAAAGCCAUGUUUGCGUCCCCGUCGAACAAGCCGUAAACACGCGCUUUCCGUGCAAGACCUGUAAGAAGGUUUUUAAGCACUCGAGUGGGCUUUACAACCACAAUAGAAAUAUCCACAAGUUGAAAGGGGCCAAAACGCUGUGCUCGGUUUGUGGCCACUACGUGUCGAACAUUUAUAAUCAUAUGAUGCGGCACACGGGGGAGAAGCCCUACCAGUGCAACCAAUGCGAGAAAAGGUUCAUUGCGAAACCCCAAUUGAGGCAACAUUUGCUUGUGCAUUCGGGGGUCAAGCCCUACGUGUGCAGCGUGUGUGCGAAGGCGUUUAAUAAUUUAUACAAUUUGCAAGUACAUGAGAGGAUACAUAAGGGGGAUAGGUGUCAUAUUUGCCCCAUUUGUGGGAAAGGGUUUCUGGAGAAGUCCUACUUGAAGAAGCACAUGAAUGUGCACUCGAAGGUUUAGUUUUAGUUAAUGAUAAUUUUAAUUUUACUUAACAAUUAUACAAAUUACGAA